UAGGGUUUGUUCUCUGCUUGCUCCUCCACCACCGGUUCUGUGUUAACGUUCGAUCUGAUUCGUGUUUUCUUGUAAUCACCAUGAUCCAUCAAGAGAAUAUAAAAAUGGCACCGCAUUCUCGGACGCCGUCUCCCGGCAGAUCACCCUCUCCCACCAGAACGCGUUCAGUAUCCCGAGGACGGUCUCUCUCUCCCCGACCUCUCUCAGACGCCGGCUCUUCCCGUAAACGGAUUUCGCGCGGAUCAGCUUCCCGCUCUCCCUCCCGCUCUCCUAUCCGCAGUCGCAGCCGCAGUCGCGGCCGCAGCCUAUCCCGCUCGCGCUCUCGAAGCUACAGCUCAGCCUCGCGGAGUUACUCGCGCUCGCGAUCUCGAUCUCGGUCGUACACCCCUCGGAGUUAUGAUUCCCGAAGCUUGAGCCGUAGUAGGAGCAGAAGUCGAUCUCCUCCGUACCGGGGAGGCAGAGCCAGAUCGCCUGCUCGCUCUCUGAGCCCCAGGGGUCCUGCGCUCAUGCCAAAAAGGCUCUGUAUUCAAAAAUUAUCCCCGAGUGUUAACGAAAGUCAUUUACGUGAGAUUUUCUCGGCAUAUGGUCGAAUCACUGACCUAUUGAUUCCACGCGGUCCUAGAGGACACCGCGGCAUAUGCUACAUGUCCUUUGAGACCGAAGAAGAAGCCGACAAAGCGAUUGCGCAUAUGGACGGUGGUAUAAUCGAUGGCUCCGAAAUCGACGUCGAACACGCGACACCUCCUCCCCGCGCAAGAGGUCCUCGGAACGGACCUGGCCCGCGUAAUGGCGGCGGUCCCCCACGGGGCGGCCGACGUGGUGGUUGGGGCGGAAACGGGCGGAUGGACAGCUAUGUCCCCGGAAGGUCUGGCGGCCCGGCUUCGUCUGGUCGGAGGUGGUCGCGCAGCCCGCCACCGCGGCACGGAAAUGGUAAUAAUUAUAGAAGUCGGAGUCCUCGUCAGGGAUUCAGAUGAACGCGCGCGUGUACGUUGUGAUUAGAAGGAGGCAGGGGUGGUGUAUGUUAUCUUAGCUGAAUGGAUUACUAUAAAAGCGUGAUU